CGCAACGCAACUCAGAACGAAAUAUAGAAAAAUACAUAUACUGUAUGAAUAUACUUCAUCAAUUCUGUAACCUGUUGGGUUGGAUCAGUAAGAAUAAACUAAACAUUUAGUGGACACCAAAUCAUAAAUUUAGCACACAAAAAUAAAACUAGCCCAAGGCCCAUGGUUCGAAAUUUAUCAAACCGUAACCGAAGACCACGCGCCGGACCAACACAGAUCUCCACGAACAAGAUCCAACGGUCCAGAUCCAUUCCCUCUCCUUCUCCCUCUUCUCUCUAACCAAAAAAAAAAAAAAAACUUCUGAAUCUCCGAAAAAAGCCAAUCGGGGGAAGAAAAAAAUUCAACGGCCGUCUGGUUACUGUCUUGCUUGCUUCCGACGAUCUAUCUUCCCCGAGUAGAUUUGGUACUUCCUUCUUUCGAUUUUUAGGUUCUACACAAUUGAUUCUCGAUUUAAAUUUUGUCUCCAGUUUUUGCUCUCUUUGCUUACCAGUGAUCCGUUUCUCGGAAAUUACUUGAUUUUGUUAAGAAAUGGCUGCUCCUCCUGCUAGAGCUCGUGCUGAUUACGAUUACCUCAUUAAACUUCUGCUGAUCGGAGACAGCGGUGUUGGUAAGAGUUGCCUUCUCUUACGUUUCUCAGAUGGCUCGUUUACCACCAGUUUCAUUACAACUAUUGGGAUUGAUUUUAAGAUACGGACUAUUGAGCUCGAUGGGAAGAGAAUUAAGCUGCAAAUCUGGGAUACUGCCGGACAGGAGCGGUUCCGCACAAUCACAACUGCGUACUACCGUGGAGCCAUGGGGAUUUUGCUUGUGUAUGAUGUGACUGAUGAAUCAUCUUUCAACAACAUCAGGAAUUGGAUCCGUAACAUUGAGCAGCAUGCUUCUGAUAGUGUCAACAAGAUUCUAGUUGGGAACAAAGCAGAUAUGGAUGAAAGCAAAAGAGCUGUGCCAAAAUCUAAGGGCCAAGCUCUUGCAGAUGAAUAUGGAAUGAAGUUUUUCGAGACUAGUGCCAAGACUAACUUAAACGUUGAGGAAGUUUUCUUCUCUAUUGCUAAAGACAUUAAGCAAAGACUUGCAGAUACCGAUGCACGAGCUGAGCCGCAAACAAUCAAAAUCAACCAAUCCGACCAAGGUGCGGGAACAUCUCAAGCUACUCAGAAAUCAGCAUGUUGCGGCACAUAAAAAUUGGGUCCACGACGCCUGUCAAAGGAGAGAAUCUGGCUAGUGAAAGAGAAAUGGUAUUUGGAAAGAAAAAAUGAAAAAGGAAAUCAAUCUUCUUUUGCUUUUCUUCUAUAUGAGAUGGUGUUUCUACGUAUUCUUUUAAGAUUCUCUCUUUCCCUAAUGGUAUAGUGUGACUGUGAAGGACACAAUUCGUAUUCCAUAUUUCUGGAAUGGAUUCUCUGACAUCAGAUUAUGACUUAUGAUAAUAUCAGUUUAUCUCACUCACACACCAAUGAUAUUGGAUUCUAUGUAUACAUUCG